AUGUCGAUCUCAGAAGAUAUAGCGGCAUCGCUGGGAGUGGCUCCGUCAUUGAUCACGCUCCUGCUCUGCCUCUUCUCCUCCGUCCCCGCUGCUCUGGUCGUGCGCUUCUUCCCCGGCCCGACGCUGAAGCAUCUCUACAGCAUUGCAGCCGGAGGGGCUCUCUGCUGGGUGGCGUAUGGCGGCCUUCAUGCGAGCCUCAACUUCUGGGGCCUCACCCUCGCGUCGUACGCGCUCAUGCUCGUCCUUCCUCGCAAGUGGAGCGGCUACGGCGUGCUCUAUGGCUCUUUCACCUACCUCACCUACUGUCACAUAAGCAACCUGGGAGCGGACGUGUGGAGGCAGGGAGGCGUGGACUUCACGGGCACGCUCAUGGUGUUCACGCUCAAGAUCGCCGGCUGCGCCAUGGACUACCAGGACGGCGCACUGCCGGAGGAUAAGGCGCACCACCGCAUGUACAGCAACAGGCUGGCGCGGCUGCCGUCGGUGGUGGAGUUUGUGUCGUUCGUGUUCUUCCCGGGCGCCGUGCUGGUGGGGCCCGUGUUCAACUUGAAGCAGUACCAGGCGUACGCCGCUGGGCAAGGGCUAUGGUCGCCCUCUGGAGCCGUGGUGCCAAUCAAGGCAGCUGACGCCAGCAAGGGGGAGCAGGCGCAGAACGGGAACGGGGAGGCGGACAGGGCGCAGGGCGAGAGCAAGGGCGAGGGGAAGCUGCGUAAAAUGCCGGAGCCGCUGCCUUAUGCUGCGCAGGCGCUGGGGAAGGCAAUCAUCUGCCUGGCGAUGCACCACUUUCUGUCUCAGCACUUCAGCCCCGCCCUGCUCUUCGAACCCCGCUUCCUCACCUACGGGUUCGCAUACAAGUGGUUCUGCCUGGUGAUGGCGGGUAUCUGCUUCCGCUGCUCCUACUACUUCAUCUGGAGUGUGGCAGAGGCUGCUGUGAUCCUCUCUGGAUUCGGCUUCUCCGGCUGGACCGACUCCUUCCCACCGCGCCCCGACUGGAGCCGGGCAGAGAACGCCAAUUUCAUCAAGUGUGAGGUCACCACGAGUCUGGCACAGAUGCCUGCCUACUGGAACAUGGGCGUCGGCACGUGGCUCCGAACCUAUGUGUACGACCGGGUGACACCUCGAUCCGGCAAGCCCACCAUGUGGACGCUCGUUUUCACUCAAGUCGUCUCCGCGCUCUGGCAUGGUCUUCACCCAGGCUAUUACCUCUUCUUUGUCAACGCUGCCAUUGGCCAACACACCUCCAAGCAGGUGUUCCGGCACACGGCAGCAGCGUUCCCGAAGCCGUCAGCAGCAGUGAAGGUCACCAUCGACGUGCUGCAAGCCAUCUUCAAGCAGCUCAUCGUCAACUACUCCAACGCUGGCUUCCUGGUGCUGCAAUGGGGUCAGACCAUAGCGGUGUGGCGGUCGCUCUUCUUCAUGGGCACGAUCGUCCCCAUUCUUCUCAACGUGCUGCUCUCCGUCAUUCCCACGCGCUCCCGGCGCCACAAGAAGGCCGAGAGGGUCGCGUCGGUGCCUCCUAAACCAUCGCACCUGCUCCCUCGCGCGCAUCUGAUAGGAAGUAGCGCCAUGUUGUCGCGCCAUCUGGGCCGCAAGGCCGCGGAUCUCGGGAUCGCGCGGUCUCCAGCGCUGUUGCGAUCGAUCGCAACCGUUCCCAUCGCCGACCGCCAUGCGAUCGUGUCGUCGCCGUCUCUCACGCCCGUUCCGUCCUCCAUUACCGACUCGUCUGCAUCGAUCCCGUCGCCUCCCCACUUCAGCUUCUCCCGAGGCUUCGCAGCAGAUGCAGCGCUCACCACGGCCCCACCCAUCUCUCCCACGGAGCUCGCCCUGAAAACCCCCUCCGCCACCAUCACCUACGACACGACCAUCCAUGAGCGCCUGCCGCCCGGUGACCCGUCCAAGCGUGCAUUCACCUACCUCGUUCUCACCGGUGGCCGAUUCAUCUACGCCUCAGCUCUCCGCCUGCUCGUGCUGAAGUUCAUUCUCAGUAUGAGUGCUAGCAAGGAUGUGCUGGCGUUGGCGUCGCUCGAAGUGGACCUUGCAAACAUCGAGCCUGGUAACACGGUUACCGUGAAGUGGCGCGGGAAACCGGUGUUCAUCCGCCGCCGCACGCCUGCUGACGUGGCGAAGGCCAAUGAUGUGAACCUCGCGGAGCUCCGAGACCCCGAGCCUGAUUCGGCCCGGGCGCCGAACCCAGAGUGGCUGGUUGUGAUUGGUGUGUGCACGCAUCUGGGGUGUGUGCCGCUGCCGAAUGCGGGGGAUUAUGGCGGCUGGUUUUGCCCGUGCCACGGGUCGCACUAUGACAUCUCGGGGCGCCUCACCGCGUCCUCCCGCCAGCAGCAGGCCUCCUCUACCCCCUUCCAGCCGCGCGGUGCGUUUCUCAAGUUCAAUGGCCUCAAGAGCACCGCCAGCCUGCCGUCGUCGAAGCAGGCCGUGCGAUCCCCUGCGAUGUCGCGCAAGGCCUCCAACGACCCCGUGCGACGCCUCGUGACGACGGCCGAGUUCUCCAAGGUUCCCCAGGAGCCCAUGGGCCUGUACGACCCUGCAUUGGACAGCGACGCCUGUGGUGUCGGCUUCGUCGCCGAGCUCUCCAAGAUCCCCACGCGCAAGACUGUGACUGACGCGCUCGAGAUGCUUAUCCGCAUGGCGCAUCGUGGCGCGUGCGGCUGCGAGGUUAACACCGGUGAUGGUGCUGGUAUCAUGGUGGCUCUACCGCACGACUUUUUCGUCAAGGUUGCCAAGGUGGAUGCUGGCGUGACUCUCCCGGCGCUGGGAGAGUACGGCGUGGGAAUGUGCUUCCUCCCAACGGACAAAAAGCGCAGGAACCUCGGCAAGGAGGCAUUCAACAAGGUGGCGGAGGAGAUGGGGUGCAAGGUGCUGGGGUGGCGGCGCGUGUUGACGGACAACGCGGAUCUGGGCAAGGCGGCGCUGGACACAGAACCCAUCGUGGAGCAGGUGUUCCUGCUCGUCAAUAAGGACUCGCACCUCGAGGCCGAGCAGCAGAUGUGGCUGCUGCGCCGCACCGCCAUGAAGGCGGUUCGUGAGGCGCUCGGCCUCAAGGUUGGGGGAACGCGUGACUUCUACAUCUGCUCGCUCUCCACCAGGACGAUCGUGUACAAGGGUCAGCUGAAGCCGGAGCAGCUGCAGGGCUACUACCACGCCGACCUCGACGACGAUCGCUUCACCUCCUACAUGGGCCUCGUGCACUCGCGCUUCUCGACGAACACGUUUCCGAGCUGGGAGCGCGCGCAGCCGAUGCGCAUUCUGGGGCACAACGGCGAGAUCAACACGCUGCAGGGCAACGUCAACUGGAUGCGCGCGCGCGAGGGGCUGAUGAAGUGUCCCGGGCUCGGCAUUUCCAAGGAGGAGCUGGACGCCGUGCUGCCCGUCAUCGACGCCAACUCGUCCGACUCGGGCGCCUUCGACGGCGUGCUCGAGAUGCUCGUGCGCGCCGGCCGCACGCUGCCCGAGGCCGUCAUGAUGAUGAUUCCCGAGGCGUGGCAAAACGACAAGAACAUGUACCCCGAGAAGAAGGCGCUCUACGAGUACCUUUCGGCCCUCAUGGAGCCCUGGGACGGCCCUGCUCUCAUUGCAUUCUCCGAUGGCAAGUACGUGGGUGCCACGCUUGAUCGCAACGGGCUGCGUCCCGGCCGCUACUACGUGACGCACAGCGGCCGCGUCAUCAUGGCCAGCGAGGUGGGCGUCGUCGACGUGGACCCUGCUGACGUGGCACGCAAGGGGCGGCUGAACCCUGGAAUGAUGCUAUUGGUGGACUUCGAGAAGCACGAGGUGGUCGAUGACGAGGCGCUUAAGCGCCAGUACUCGAGCCAGCGCCCCUACGGCGAGUGGCUGGCCAAUCAGAAGCUCACGCUUGGCGACAUCGUGGCGUCUGUCCCGGAGGCGGACCGCGUGCCGCCGGCUAUUGCGGGCGCGACUGAAGUCGAUUCGUCUGCAGAUGAGACGAUGGAGACCAUGGGUAUCAACGGGCUCACCACGCCGCUGAAGGCGUUCGGGUACACGAUUGAAGCUCUGGAGAUGCUGCUGCUGCCCAUGGCUCAGACGGGGUCCGAGGCGCUGGGAUCCAUGGGGAAUGAUACCCCGCUGGCGUGCAUGUCCACGCGGCCAAAGCUCAUGUCGGAGUAUUUCAAGCAGCUCUUCGCACAGGUCACCAACCCCCCCAUCGACCCCAUCCGCGAGGCGGUUGUGACUUCUACUGAGUGCAUGGUGGGGCCCGAGGGGGAUUUGACUGAGACGACUGAGGAGCAGGCGCACAGGCUGUCGCUCAAGGGGCCGCUGCUGACGCCGGAGGAGACGGAGGCGAUGAAGAAGAUGGACUACCGCGGGUGGCGCACGGCUGUUGUGGAUAUCACGUUCGCGCGGAGUGAAGGGCCGGAUGGGCUUGAGAAGGCGCUGGAUCGGAUCUGUGCUGAGGCGAGUCUGGCGAUUGAGGCUGGAUACAAGAUGCUCGUGCUGUCCGACCGAGCCACGUCCCCCACGCGCGUGCCCGUGAGCGCCCUCCUGGCCGUGGGCGCGGUCCACCAGCACCUGGUGCGCACGCUGCAGCGCACGCGGAUUGGUAUCGUGGUCGAAUCCGGCGAGCCCCGCGAGGUGCACCACUUCUGCACGCUCGUGGGGUUCGGCGCGGACGCCAUCUCGCCCUACGUGGCCACGGAGGCCAUCUGGCGCCUGCAGGUGGACGGCAAGAUCCCUCCCAAGGCGGACGGCUCCCUCCGCACCAAGGACGAGCUCAUCCGCACCUACUUCAACGCCAGCAACGCCGGCAUGCUCAAGGUGCUCGCCAAGAUGGGCAUUUCGACCCUGGCCUCGUACAAGGGCGCGCAGAUCUUCGAGGCCUUGGGAUUGUCGAGCGAUGUGGUGGACCGUUGCUUCCGGGGCACGGCGAGCAGGAUUCAGGGGGUGUCGUUUGAUGUGCUGGCCGCGGAUGCGAUCCGCAUGCACGACCAGGCGUUCCCGCUGGGGACUGAGAAGAACCUUCCGGAGGAUUCCGCUGAUGCGACUGCUGUGCCGAACCCUGGGGAUUAUCACUACAGGAAGGGUGGCGAGGUGCAUUUGAACGAUCCGGUGGCGAUCUCGCGCCUGCAGGAGGCCGCGCGGACGAACAGCCCGGCGGCUUAUAAGGAGUAUGCCGCGAUUACGAACACGCUGAACCAGCAGUGCAACCUGCGCGGCAUGCUCAAGUUCAAGCCGGCGCCAGGUGGUGCGAUUCCAUUGGAGGAGGUGGAGCCGGCUAGCGAAAUUGUGAAGCGGUUCUGCACAGGAGCCAUGAGCUACGGGUCUAUUUCCCUGGAGGCACAUCAGAGCCUGGCUAUUGCUAUGAACACGAUUGGAGGGAAGUCGAACACGGGCGAGGGAGGCGAGAACCCGUCCCGUCUGGUCCCUAACCCUGACGGGAGUAACAAUAUCCUCAGGUCGUCUAUCAAGCAGAUUGCGAGUGGUCGGUUUGGCGUGUCGGCGUACUACCUGACGAACGCGGACGAGCUGCAGAUUAAGAUGGCGCAGGGUGCCAAGCCCGGGGAGGGAGGCGAGUUGCCCGGGCACAAGGUGAUUGGCGACAUCGCUGUGACGAGGAACAGCACGCCCGGUGUGGGGCUCAUCAGCCCGCCGCCCCACCACGACAUCUACUCCAUUGAAGACCUGGCGCAGCUGAUCUAUGAUCUCAAGAACUCCAACCCUGGUGCCCGUGUGAGUGUGAAGCUAGUGUCCAAGGCGGGCGUGGGAGUGAUCGCGAGCGGAGUGGUGAAGGGCCACGCGGAUCACGUGCUCAUCUCGGGCCAUGAUGGCGGCACUGGCGCCUCCCGCUGGACCGGCAUCAAGAGCGCGGGUCUCCCCUGGGAGCUCGGUAUUGCCGAAACCCACCAGACCCUCGUUGCCAACGACCUGCGCGGCCGUACUGUCCUGCAGGCGGACGGGCAGAUGAAGACCGGGAAGGAUAUCACAGUUGCCGCACUGCUUGGUGCGGAGGAGUUUGGGUUUUCGACGGCCCCGCUGAUCACCCUCGGGUGUAUCAUGAUGAGGAAGUGUCAUAAGAACGUGUGCCCGGUGGGGAUUGCGACCCAGGACCCGGUGCUUCGUGCGAAGUUUUCCGGGCAGCCGGAGCACGUGAUCAACUAUUUCUUCAUGGUGGCGGAGGAGGCGCGCGAGUACAUGGCGCAGAUGGGCUUUAAGACCAUGGAUGAGAUGAUCGGCCGUGCGGACAUGCUGGAGCAGGACAUGGAGCUCUGCAACUCCAACCCCAAGCUGCAGAACAUUGAUCUCUCUGUGCUGCUCACUCCUGCAGCAACCCUUCGCCCGGGUGCCGCGCAGAGGUGUGUGCAGAAGCAGGACCACGGGCUUGAGCUGGCGCUUGACCAGAAGCUGAUUCAGCUCGCGCAGCCGGCAAUCACGCAGAAGAUUCCGGUGUUUGCGGAGGUGCCGAUUGUGAACGUGAACCGCGCGGUGGGGACCAUGCUGUCGCACGAGGUCACCAAGGUGCAUCGCCUGGAGGGUCUCCCUGCUGAUAUGAUCCAUUUCAAGCUGACUGGCAGCGCUGGGCAGAGCUUCGGCGCGUUUACCUGCAAGGGGUUGACUCUGGAGCUGGAGGGAGAUAGCAAUGAUUAUGUGGGCAAGGGGCUGUCUGGAGGGAAGCUGAUCAUCUACCCUCCGGCCACGUCGACGUUUGACCCCAAGGAGAAUAUCAUUAUCGGGAAUGUGGCGCUGUAUGGCGCCACGUCUGGUGAGGCGUAUUUCUGUGGCAUGGCUGCGGAGCGGUUUGCUGUGAGGAAUUCCGGUGCGAGGGCUGUGGUGGAGGGCGUGGGGGACCACGGGUGCGAGUACAUGACGGGCGGCACGGUGGUGAUUCUGGGCGGCACUGGGAAGAACUUCGCUGCGGGAAUGAGCGGCGGAAUCGCGUACAUCCUCGACCGGGAGGGAGACUUCCACAAGAGGUGCAACACUGGUCUCGUUGACCUGGACCCUGUGGUAGCAGAGGCAGACGUGCUGCUGCUGCGGUCCAUGAUUCAGCAGCACCAGAGGUAUACCAAGAGCAAGCUGGCAGGGGAGGUGCUGGCGGAAUUUGACGAGCUGCUGCCCAAGUUUGUGAAGGUGUUCCCGAGGGACUUCAAGCGCGUGCUGGAGGAGGAGCGGGUGAAGAGGGAGAAGGAGGCGGCUGCGCUCAAGGAGAAGGACGCUUUUGAGGAGCUCAAGAGGCUUGCGGCCGCGAGCGGAGGGGAGGUCAACGGGUCCGCUGCUGUGGUUGCGCCCAAGCGCCCCACGCGCCUCCCUGCCCCCGUUAAGUUCGGCGGGUUCAUGAAGUAUGAGCGUGAGCCACUUCCCUACCGCCCGGCAGAGGAGCGCCUGACUGACUGGGGCGAGGUUCUCGCCUCUGACCCCGGCCGCCCCGAGCUCCUCAAGACGCAAUCGGCGCGCUGCAUGGACUGCGGCACGCCCUUCUGCAACCAGGACAAGUCGGGGUGCCCGCUGGGAAACAAGAUCCCCGAGUUCAACGAGCUCGUGUACCAGGGCCGCUGGAAGGAGGCGCUGGAUCGGCUGCUCGAGACAAAUAACUUUCCGGAGUUCACUGGGAGGGUUUGCCCUGCGCCGUGCGAGGGCGCGUGCGUGCUGGGCAUCAUUGAGAAUCCUGUGUCGAUUAAGACGAUGGAGCUGAGCAUUAUUGACAAGGCGUACGAGAUGGGGUGGAUGGUGCCGCGCCCCCCUGCCAAGCGCACUGGCAAGAAGGUGGCAAUCAUUGGCAGUGGCCCGGCAGGACUCGCCGCCGCCGAUCAGCUGAACAAGCGCGGGCACACGGUCACCGUGUACGAGCGGGCGGACCGCAUCGGUGGGCUGAUGAUGUACGGCGUGCCCAACAUGAAGACGGACAAGACCCACGUGGUGCAGCGCCGUGUGGAUCUCAUGGCAGCAGAGGGCGUCACGUUUGUUACCAACGCACACGUGGGCGUGGACGAGCAGUACAGCGUGGAGAAGCUGAGAGCGGAGAAUGACGCCAUGCUACUGGCCUGCGGGUCCACCAAGCCAAGGGAUCUGCCCGUGCCCGGGAGGGAGCUUAAGGGGGUGCAUUUCGCAAUGGAGUUUCUCGCGGCGAAUACCAAGUCGCUGCUGGAUAGCGGUCUGAAGGACGGGAGGUUUAUCUCGGCGGAGGGGAAGAAGGUGGUGGUGAUUGGUGGGGGUGACACAGGCACGGACUGCAUUGGCACGAGUCUGCGGCACGGGUGCGAGUCGCUGGUUAAUCUUGAGCUGCUGCCGCAGCCGCCGCCAUCCCGCGCCGAUGGCAACCCCUGGCCGCAGUGGCCGCGCAUCUUCCGCGUGGACUAUGGGCACGAGGAGGCCAAGACCAAGUUCGGAGCCGACCCGCGGUCGUACGAGGUGCUGACGAAGCGGUUCAUUGGCAACGAUGCGGGCGAGCUGACGGGCAUCGAGACGGUGCAGGUGCAGUGGGCCAAGGACGCUUCCGGAAGGUUCCAGAUGAGCGAGGUGGCCGGGUCUGAGGAGGUGAUCCCCGUCGACCUCGCUCUUCUCGCCAUGGGCUUCCUGGGCCCGGAGCAGAACGUGGCGGAGAAGCUGGGGCUCAAGACGGACGCGAGGAGCAACUUCCAGGCGGACUACGGGCAGUUCGCCACCAACCUGGAGGGCGUCUUUGCUGCCGGCGACUGCCGCCGCGGACAGUCUCUGGUUGUGUGGGCUAUCGCCGAGGGCCGUGGCGCAGCAGCCAACAUCGAUGCAUAUGUGAUGCGGAACGAGCCGGUGGACAUGGCAGCAGAGGAGAGGGAGCUCGUGGAGGUGGCUGCCAGGACUGUGGCUGCUGUUGAUGCUGCUGAGCGGAGCGCUGCCAAUGGCAGUGCCACUAACGGGAGUGCCACUAAUGGAAGUGCUACUAAUGGGAGUGCAACGAAGGGGAGAGCGUUUCCGGAGGGCGUGGAGCAGGCACGCGUGGAAGCUGUUGAUGCGUGUCUGAUGGUGGAGGGGGAGGAUGACACGGAGCACAUUGAGGCGUGUGUGGAGAAGAGCGUGGAGGCUGCUGCCUUGGGAGAUGGCACCCCUGUGUCAGAGCAAAGCUAUUAG